UAUUUUUAAAUUCAGGCCGGCAUAAUGAAGCUUGCACCGAUCAAAUUAAAGAACCAAGCAGUGGUCAAGGCAGACUACGAAAGCACUGCUCUUAAAAAUGCCCGCAUCAGGAAACUCAAUAUCUUAAAAACCAAACAGGAAGCCAUCGAAAAGUUUAGUAACAACAAAAUAGGUGGCAAGGCUGCCAAGAAGAAAAUGGGAGCCACCAGCGCCAGCAACACGGGCAUGAAGGUUAACAGUGGAAAAGGUUUCCAGCUUGGAGAAAAGAUUACCAAAGAGUCUCAAGGCAUAAAAUUGCUCCAGGAAGGAUAUCUUCAAUCUUUUAUUGACUUCUUCUAUUUAACAACUGAAACAACACCAAGCAUGAUAGUGCCUUCACAGAAAUUACUUGAAGAAUACAAAAUGAAUAAGAGUGAAAAAUAACCACUUUGAAAUGUCAGAAGAGUCUCUAGAGCAGCUCUCUGAAGACCUCGUUCAGGCAGAGAACUACCUCAGAGACGGCCACACAAUCGAAUGUCUCCAGCAGUACGACAAGGUUGCUGGGGCUUACAAGAAGCUUCACGACUACGAAACUGCAUCCUACUUCUACAACCGUUGUCUUGAAGUUUCUAAGGAAGCCAAGUACAUCGAUGGAGAAGCUGAAGCCUACAUGGGGCUCGGCUCUUGCGAAGAAGAGGUGUUCAAUAUUUUUGAAUCGAUGAAGUAUCACGAGAUUGCCCUUGAAAAAGCUAUCGAUGGGAAUCUCAGAAAAAUCAUCAACACAAUCUCGAAGGAGCUUAUCAAGGUGUACAACAACAUCGCCAAGAACUACGAACAAAAAGAAGACUUCGACAAAAGCUUGGAAUAUUUUGAAAAGUGCCUCGACGCUUGUAAGAAAGCUAACGACCCAGUCAUGGAGGCCGAGUGAUAUUUCAAAAUCGGAACCAUCUACGAGAAAAUGGAAGACUUGAGCAAAGCCAUUGAGUUCGUGGAGAAGUUCUUGGAUUUGUGCAAAUCAGACGACAAGCCACCAGAACUUAAAGCCAAAGAAAAUAAGUUCAAGUCCAAUGCUUAUAAAAGGCUGGCUGAGUUACAUUCAAAAUUAGGAAAUUCAACGGCUGCUAUUUCGAACCUUGAGGCUUUGCUUGGCAUCGGAAUUGAGGACCAGAACAAGCAGGGACAGGCAGAAGCGACUCUAAAACUUGGCUUGCUAAACUAUGAAGAAGGAAUUCUCCCGAUUUCCAUUAGAUUCCUCGGAAAGCACUUUGACCUCACCAGAACUUUGAAAGACCAGAAUCUGAAAGAAGGAGCUUCCAAAGGCGCUCCUCUGAUUGACGGGUCUGUAGUGGACAUCUCGCGUGUGAAUCUCGGAAUUGCCCAAGCAAACCAGCAGAUCGACAAGUACUUCAAGCUCAUAAUGACAGAUGUGCAUUCUGUGAUCAACUAUCUCGAUGAUCCAAAAGCUGAAAACGAUAAGAAAUAAAUAUUCCUUUCAAGUUCACCAAUCUGGGCUCAGGCUUUGCA